GGUUCAUUCUUUUUUUUUCCCCCUCCAGAGUUCUGAAGAAACAGUCAAUCUGUUACUGAGGAAACCCGGAGAUAAAUCUCUUUAGAUAGGUCUCAAUUAGGCACUGGCUUCUUGAAGAGUUUGCUCAGAGUCAAACUGGAGAAUUCUCCAGUAGGUAUGGCUAUGGACCAGACAUUUUCCUGGGGUCAUGGAAAACCCCAAGAUAGCCCUUGGGGAUCGGGGCUGCCACCGUCUGUACACUCCCAAAGAGCCCUGAUUGAAAAGCAGGACUGUGACUCUGAGGCUUGGCACAUUAGCUUUAGAGCGUUUACCAGCUCGGAGGAAUCAGACCCCAUCCAGGAUCUGAGGAGACUCUAUGAACUCUGCCAUCUGUGGCUGAGGCCAGAUCUUCACACCAAGGAGCAGAUUCUGGAUAAGCUGGUGAUGGAGCAGUUUAUGAUCUCAAUGCCGCAGGAGCUCCAGGUCUUAGUCAAGGAGAGUGGUGUGGAGAGUUGCAGAGACCUGGAGGACAUGCUAAGAAAUAACAUGAAACCCAAGAAAUGGACCAUAGUGAGCUUAGGAGGACAGAAAUUUCUUAUACGAAAUUCAGAUGUUCAGAUGGCCGAAGCUGAGGUCAGUGGCAUGGACGAUGUGAUAGACUUGUCCAGGAAGCAUCAAUCCUCUGUGAGUGAGAUACAUCCAGAGAAGAAUCAGCAGGUCAGCCGAGAGCUGGGGAACCAGCCAGGAAUCUGUGAAAUGUCAACGGCGCAGGGACGGAAAGUUCUCCUGCCAGAGACCAUUCCUAAGGUAGAUGACCGGGAGGGUCUGAGACGCAAGCAGAACUUGAAGGAGGACCUGAUGGAAGACAGGGAAGAGACAACAACACGUGAAUCUCAAGAGCCUCAGCUUCCGAAGUGUCCUGGAGAGUAUGGAAACUGGGAAUUCAGAGGAGUUAGUGACUCUUCCUAUGCUGCAGAUUCUGUAAGGGCCAAGGACGGGAAGAAUCCCCAAGAAGAAACUUCUAUUAAAAAUGUGGAUGCCGACAUACCUUCCACCCUCAUUUCAGAGAGAGAAGUUUUGACUCAGACUGGGAAUAGAGUAGAUUCCCAGAAGAGUGUGAGAAACUCCAAAAGAAGAGAACAGGACAACACUCCCAUUUCCCAAGACAUGCCUCAAGAAAGAGCCACAUAUUUGGACAAAGGAGAAUUCUCAGGACAGCUUGGGUCAAAUUCAGUUCAUUCGCCAAGCGCCGUGGAAUCAUCCGAUCUUCCUGUUGGCAAAGAAGCCACAGGAUGGAUGAAAGAAUGUAGGGUAUGCAAUAAGAGAUUUCAUUAUAAAUCUCAGUUCGACCUUCACCAGAGGACACACACAGGCGAGAGACCCUUUAAAUGUAAUAUCUGUCCCAAGGGUUUCAUGCAGGCUUCAGACCUCCGAGUUCACCAGCGAAUCCACACAGGCGAGAAGCCGUACUGCUGUAGACUCUGUCUCAAGAAGUUCACUCACGACUCCACCCUGCGCAGCCAUGAGAAGAUCCACACCAAGGAAAAGCCGUACCGAUGUGAAGACUGCGAGAAAGCUUUCACCCACAAGGGGAACCUCAACGUCCACCGACGCACCCACUCUGGAAUCAAACCCUAUGUGUGUCACGAGUGCCAAGGUGCCUUCCGUCAGCUGGGAACUUUUAAACGCCACCAAAAAACACAUUCAAAAAUGAUUUCCCAGUGAUUCCCUUCUGCCCCAAGAAGGAAAUUGACCGUGACCUGUCACCUGUGUUAUAAAAAUGAUGUAUGACGUGUUAAGCACUUAGAAGGUUUCUGGCACACAAUGGGGGCUCUAUAAAUCUUAAUUAAAGGAUCUUUGAGUAAUUA